AUGGCCGCUACUAUCGUCGCGCUUUUGGAGUGUCUCGGGCAGCCUCGGCGACGCAUCUUUCGGGACGCAUUUGACGAGCUUACCGAGGAAGAGUUCCGCGAGCACUUCAGGCUCUCGAAACGCACUGUGCGCUGGCUCUGCGAGCAAUUGGAAGACGCCAUCGGUGGCCUUUCGACCGGUGGCAUCACGACGCAAGACAGGGUGCUUUGUGCUCUCCGUUUCUUCGCGACGGGUAGCUUCCAAAGAUCCAUCGGCAGCGAAGUAUUCGUAUCCAUGGGGCAGGCUUCCGUGAGCGAGAGCAUUCACGCAGUUGCGGAAGCAAUAACUGUGGUGGGCCGGCAACAGGGUUGGGUGAGCUUCCCGUUGACAACGGGCGGCAAGGCUAGUGCAAAGGCGGCCUUUGCGGAUCGCGGCCGUAUUCCCGGUGUAGUGGCCUGUGUCGACGGGACGCUCAUAGCGAUCAAACAGCCCGAAGGACUCAGCCCGGGCGAGACUACGGGCUUCAUGUCAAGGAAAGGGUUCUACGCCUUGAAUACCAUGAUCGUGUGUGAUGCGCACAUGCGCAUCGUGGACAUCGAUCCCCGUUUCCCCGGAUCCAGCCACGACUCCUACGUGUGGAGGCACUCACCACUGUUGGGCCACCUCACACGUAACCUGCGACGUGGAGAAUAG